GCAACACCAAGCCGCACGUAGUGCAGAGCCCCCCAGCGGACGAAUGAUUUGAUUACGACGCGCGGUCGGCCGCGCGCCGGCCGGGAAUCUCGUAGUCCGCCCUCGAUCGCGCCCUCGACGCAAGCCAUCCUCCUCUCCUCGCUCCCCUCCCAACUACUCAAGUUUGACGGCAGCUGGCAAACCAUUCUCUUCCUUCCUUCCUUCCGUGUCCGUCCGUCGUCUCCCUCUUGGGCUAGCUCUUGCCUCUUGCCAUAUAAAGAUCGGUUAGUCCAAGCUUGCCAGCAAGUUGAGUACAGAACUGCGGGUCGUCGACCGGUCGGCCGGCCGUGGUUGCAUUGCAGUUGCAUUGCAGCUGCCACUUGCAUUGAGGAUGUGGUGUUGCAGCGGCGCGGACGACGAGCCCCACGCCGCCCCGCUGGCCGCCAACCCGGCCGCGACGCCGCCGCGAGCACCAGCCCAGGCGAGGGGGCCGAGCAUGCCGAGGACCGGAGGCGCCGCCGCGUCCGCUGCCAAGGUGCUGCCCAUCGACGUGCCGGCCGUCGCGCUGUCGGAGCUCAACCGCCUCACGGGCAACUUCGGGGACAGGGCGCUGGUCGGGGAAGGCUCGUACGGCCGCGUCUACCGCGCCACGCUCGCCACCGGGGAGGUCGCGGCGGUCAAGAUGUUCGACAACGGCAGCUCCUCCGGCCAGUCCGAGGCCGAAUUCUGCGAGCAGCUGUCCGUGGUGUCGCGGCUCAAGUGCGAGCACUUCACCCAGCUGCUGGGCUACUGCCUAGAGCUCAACAACAGGAUCGUGCUCUACCAGUUCGCCACCAUAGGCUCCCUCUACGAUAUACUCCACGGGAAGAAGGGGGUGAAGGGCGCGGCGCCCGGGCCCGUGCUGACGUGGAUCCAGCGCGCGCGGAUCGCCUACGGGGCGGCGAGGGGCCUGGAGCACCUGCACGAGAAGGCGCGGCCGUCGAUCGUGCACCGCGACGUGCGCUCCAGCAACGUGCUGGUGUUCGGCGGCCACGACGCCAAGAUCGGCGACUUCAACCUCACCAACCAGUCCCCCGACUCCGCCACGCGCCUGCACUCCACCAAGGUGCUCGGCACGUUCGGCUACCACGCGCCCGAGUACGCGAUGACGGGGCAGCUGACGCACAAGAGCGACGUGUACAGCUUCGGCGUCGUGCUGCUUGAGCUCUUGACGGGGAGGAAGCCCGUGGACCACACCAUGCCAAAGGGACAGCAGAGCCUGGUCACCUGGGCCACUCCGAGGCUGAGCGAGGACAAAGUGAAGCAGUGCGUGGACCCCAAGCUCAAGGACGACUACCCGCCCAAGGCCGUGGCCAAGCUCGCGGCGGUGGCGGCGCUGUGCGUCCAGUACGAGGCCGAUUUCAGGCCCAACAUGACCAUCGUCGUCAAGGCUCUGCAGCCCCUCGUGAACGCUCGGCCAGGAGGAGAGUAGCUAGAUGUCGUAAAAGGCUCGCCCUGAGCAGAGCUGUGACUGUGAUGGACCAAGUUUCUGGACGUCGUAGUAGUUCAUGUCAUGUCCACGGCAUUUCUGCCAGAAUGUUGCCAGCAACGGCCUGCUUGGCCUGUUCAAUCACGAGAGCAUUAACCGCGCGUGCCAUUGCGUGUGAAAAGUGUGGGAUUUAAUUGAUUUA